CAAUAAUCUUUAACCUUUCCAUUUCAAGUUAAGCACUUUGUAAAAGCGCGCAGAAGAUGUCCCUUCCAGCUUCAACACUUGCUUCAACUCAACAUGCAGUAUUUGACAUCAAGCGACCUAUUACAAGAUAUGCUCCUAGCAUGUGGGGAGAUACUUUCCUUCAAUAUGCUUCUGAAUCUAAGGAAGUCAGUGAAAAUGUGAAGCAACAAGCUGAUAUACUAAAAGAGGAGGUGAAAAUGAUGUUUCAAUCGUCAAAUCAAAAUAUCAUGCAAAAAUUAAACUUCAUUGACUCAAUCCAACGUUUCGGGAUAUCCUAUCAUUUCCAAGAAGAGAUUAACGAAACAUUAGAACAAAUUCACAACACUUUUACCAAAAAUAACACCAUUAUCAUCAGUGAAGAUAGCAAUCAUCACUUUCUCGCUCUACUCUUUCGUUUGCUCAGGCAACAAGGAUAUCAAAUUUCAUCAAAUGUAUUUAACAAAUUCAAAAAUGAUCAAGGAAAGUUCUAUGAAGCACUUGCCAAUGAUAUUCAAGGGUUGUGCAGUUUAUAUGAAGCUGCACAUUUAAGAACUCACAAAGAUGCUAUACUAGAAGAAGCAUGUGACUUUUCAAAUACUCAACUUAAGUCCUUGGCGGACAAACUGAGCCCAUCUAUUGCUACACAAAUCAAUCAUUGCUUAAGACAACCUUUUAACAAGAGUGUACCUAAGUUCGAGGCAAGGUAUCACAUGACUCUCUAUGAACAAGAUCCUUCUCAUAACAAAACUCUGCUAACCUUUGCGAGAGUAGAUUUCAAUAUUCUUCAAAAAAUGCAUGAAAAAGAGAUUGGCAUUAUAACCAAGUGGUGGAAAAAAUCAAAUAUUGUGAAAAAGGUGCCUUAUGCUAGAGAUAGGUUAGUUGAGAGCUAUCUUUGGGCAUUAGCAUUUUCCAGCCAGCCUGGAUACAACAAAGCAAGAAUGUUUGAAGGAAAAUUGAUUGCUCUUGCCACUAUUCUAGAUGAUACUUAUGAUGCUUAUGGGACUAUUCAAGAACUUGAACUCUUCACAGAAGCAAUUCAAAGAUGGGAUAUCAGUCCCAUUGAAUCCCUUCCAGAAUGCAUGAAAGUAGUUUUUGAAACAAUUCUAGAGUUGUGUGAAGAAAUAAAGUUGGAGACACCUGAGAGUGGAAAAUCAAGCUUUGUGGUUCCGCGUUUUAAACAAGCUAUUUGUAAAUUAGUAAAAGGUUACAUGGUUGAAGCAAAAUGGUGCCAAGAGGGUUUCGUUCCAACAUAUGAUGAGUAUAAAAUUAAUGGCAUCUUAACUUCUAUUUUCAUUCCUUUAACGAUAUCCUUUAUUGGACUCGGAGAAUUUGCAACAAAGGAUGUGUUUGAUUGGUUUUUCAAUGAUCCAAAGAUCGUUGAAGCUGUAUCAAUUAUUAGCAGAGUCUUGAAUGACACAUCAUCGCAUAAGUUUGAGCAGCAACGAGUUCAUGUUGCCUCAGCUGUGGAAUGUUGCAUGAAGCAAUACAAUAUUUCGCAAGCAGAGGCUUAUAACUUCAUUCGCAAGGACGUUGAAGAUUAUUGGAAGGUUAUAAAUGAAGAGUGCCUCAAGUUAAAUGAUAUCCCAAAGUCUGUGCUUGAAAUUGUAGUUAAUUAUGCACGUGCAUCAGAAGUUACAUAUGGAAAUCAUCAGGAUAAAUUCACAAAUGCGGAUUUACUGAAGGAUUACAUCUCUUCACUGCUUUUGGAUCCCAUGUGCAUCAAUGAACAUUAAUAGAAAAAUCAAACUAGCAGUUGAAAGAGUAACUUGGUGGUUUGAAAGUUGAUUCAUUCUACAUGAAACUCUCAAUGUGUGAGUUGUGACAAACACUGUUAUUUGUAGUAGUGUCUCUAUGUUGUCAUUUGCUUAAUUACCAAUGUAAGAAUGUAUAUCUAUCCACGCCAUUUGCCUAUGUUUUUGUUUGUAUUUUAGUUUGUUUAUUUGUAGGUUAUAAUAAU